GCUUGUUUCGUUUGCCGGUUUAAAAAUGAAACAGCUAGCUAUAAAAAGCGUCUUUUUAAUGCUUAAAUGGCAGGUUUAUUAGAUGUGGUGACACACAGUGGAUGAAUAACUCUUUAUAGUGAGUAACGGGACCAAUUUAACGCUGAGCUUUCCGUACUAUGUUCAAAAAGAUGACAGAAUUUGGUCCAGAUUCCGGGGGGCGAGUUAAGGGAGUGACUAUUGUGAAGCCUAUUGUGUUUGGAAACGUUGCCCGAUAUUUUGGGAAGAAGAGGGAAGAGGAUGGACACACACACCAGUGGUCUGUCUAUGUGAAGCCUUACAGAAAUGAGGAUAUGUCUGCUUAUGUGAAGAAAAUCCAGUUCAAGCUACAUGAGAGUUAUGGUAACCCACUGAGAGUUGUGACUAAGCCUCCCUACGAGAUUACAGAGACGGGCUGGGGGGAGUUUGAAAUCAUCGUCAAGAUCUUCUUCAUUGACCCCAAUGAGAGACCGGUGACUCUGUACCAUCUGUUGAAGCUGUUUCAGUCCGACUCCAGUGCCAUGCCAAAGAAGACAGUUGUCUCUGAAUUCUAUGAUGAAAUGAUCUUCCAGGAUCCUACAGCCAUGAUGCAGCAGCUACUGACCACAUCGAGACAACUCACCCUGGGAGCAUACAAGCAUGAGACAGAGUUCGGUGAGCUGGAGCAGAGGACCAAGGAGAAAAUGGAGGCAGCAAAGAAGAGAACCAGCCAAGAGAUCACAGAGCUGAAAGACAAACUAAAAGCCAGCAGAGAAAACAUCAACCACCUGAAGGCAGAGAUCAGGAAACUGGAAGAGGAUGGAGACCACAAGGAUCACUGAGAGACAGACAAGCACACAUGCAACAUACAUGGACGUGACUAAUCGCCAGGGCUCUGGACCUCUCUCAUCCAUAGUUUAAAAAACAACACAUUUGUAAUAGGUUUUGUGGUUCAUCUCAGUAUUUCAUGACCCAGAAAAGACUUGAUGAAAUAAAAAUCUGAACUUUGUAAAUGUCAUCAGCUUCCUUUUCAGGGGCCAAGGACAAACAAGGAUUUUGUGAUUGGUUGUUUUUUCUUUUUCUCUCUUUUCUGCCCUACCAUGUCUGGAUUAGUUGGCUUUGAGGUAGAGUGAAAACAUGUUGAUUGUCAUUUUCUAAUUGUGUAUUCAAUGAUGUUAGCUUAGGCUUUGCCAAACAGUCUUUGUAUAAUCCUGGUUCCAGUCUAAUUAUAAUAUAUUCAGCUGGAAUGAACUUCCAUGUUGAAAUGAGGCUCAUUCUUACCAGUGAAACAUCCCUGUAGUGUUUGUUCCUGCCUAAUGAAACAUUGAUAUUUGUGUGAACAGUUCUGAAUGUGAAAAGCUCAUUCGCUGCUGGGUUUUUUUUGUUUGUUUUUUACUGUACUUAAAGUUUUCUACAUAAAAUAAUUA